UAUAUGUAGUUGUAUUUGCCACAGUCUCGUAACAACCUUGUACAUAUUAAACGAGAAUCAAAAACCAUUUCACAAAAUAUGGCCUUGAGCAAAGAGGAGAAGCUUAAGGUUUUGCAAAAGGAUGCAGAGGAAGCAUACCAUUUUCUAGGUUCUGAUGAAAAAUCCUCUACAUUCAGAGCUGCGGGAGAAGAGUUUGAAGUGCGACACACUGAACUGUCUGUGACUCAAGAACCAAAAACCAAGCCUUGGGUUCAUUUCAUAGCAGGUGGUAUAGGUGGAACUGCUGGUGCUAUUGCUACCUGUCCUUUGGACGUGGUGAAAACUAGAUUACAAUCAGAUUCAUUCCAUAAUAUUUAUAAUAAAACCCCUAAAUCCGGAAACCCUAUACUUAAGGCAUUCCAACAUUUGGCUGAAACUGGAAGUGCAAUCAAAGGGUUAUAUGUUCAUGAAGGACCAUCUGCAUUGUUCAAAGGGUUAGGGCCUAAUUUGGUGGGUGUAAUACCUGCAAGAUCGAUAAAUUUUUUCACAUAUGGAGCCACCAAAGAAUUUCUUGUACGUAAUUUUGGAGGUAAGGAAGAAACUUGGAUGCAUUUAACGUCGGGUAUUAAUGCUGGGUUUGUUACAUCUACUGCAACUAACCCUAUUUGGUUAAUUAAAACUCGUUUGCAAUUGGAUCAGACUAAGGGGAAACACUUUAAGAAUUCUUGGGAUUGUCUUAAGUAUGUGUUGAAAAAUGAGGGAUUUUUCAGCCUUUAUCGAGGAUUAAGUGCUUCGUAUUUAGGUGGUAUUGAAUCAACUAUCCAAUGGGUAUUGUAUGAGCAAAUGAGAAUGUUUAUUAAUAAGAGGUCAUUGGAAUUACAUGGGGCUAAUGGAGCUACAAAGACAACCAAAGAUAACAUUAUGGAAUGGUGUGCAAGAUCAGGAGCUGCUGGUGCAGCCAAAUUCAUAGCAUCUUUGAUUACUUAUCCACAUGAAGUUGUUAGAACUCGAUUGAGACAAGCUCCACUUGAAUCCACGGGUAAACCAAAAUACACAGGGUUAAUCCAAGCUUUCAAAUUAGUGUUGAAGGAGGAAGGGUUUGCAAGUAUGUAUGGUGGAUUAACUCCACACUUGUUAAGAACUGUUCCAAACUCCAUUAUCAUGUUUGGUACUUGGGAAUUAGUAGUCCGCUUAUUGUCAUGAUUGUAUCUUUCAUUCAGCAUCCAUUUUAUUCACAAACAACGAAAGAACAAUAAUAUUUUGAUUCGUGUACAUAUUUUGGUUUUUUCUUUUUUUUGAUUUUUUGAUUUACUUUAUUUGAUAUUUCGGUAGAUGUGGGUAUUAAUGGUGCUUUAGAUUAACUGCGUGUUUUAUAGCAUUUUCCAAAUGUAAUAUAUGCCUGUAGAUAGAGUAGGAAGUUAGUUUUAAUAAUACAUUCAGUUAACCUAGUUUUAUUCGUUUGGAAACUCCUUCGUCAUCUGAAGAAUCAUCGUUAGCACUAUUUUCACUUGACAGUUCAUGAUUUAAUUCCGUAUUUUCCGAAACUAAAUGUGGUUGCUCUUCGGCAGGUUUCACUUUUGGUUUUGUGGUAUUUUGUACAAAUUUGUAGAAUUUUGGCGGAUCUUCUGGAGGACACUUGAUAUUCAAUUGUUUGAUCAAAGGAUCAAUUUCAUAUUUCUUGGUUUGAUCUUUCUUCAAUGGUGUUGUAAUAUUAGUUAAUGGGUGUUUGAGUUUGGUAACAAGGCUUUCCAGUUGAGGAACUUUCCCAAGCGGGUUCAAUUCUGGAUUGAAAUACACCGACUUCAGACCCCAGAGUUUUGUUGAUUCUUUCUUUCUUUUUUUCUCAUCUUUUUCUUGUUGGUCAAGAAAAGUUCUAAUCUUUGAUUCAUGAAGUUUGUUUUUCUCUAUGAAUGCCCAAUCUUCUUUAAGAGACUUUAAAUAGUUGUCAUCACGUUCUGUUUUCUCAGAUUUAUCUUCAAGAUUUUUAAUGCGAUGAUAUAGCUUUAUAGGGUCUAUGUCUUUAAGUUUUGUAAGUUUAUGUUGAUGUUUUUGUCUCUUCUGGACCUUCACUUGCUGGGAUCGUUCAUUUUUUCUCAAUUCUCCAGCCAAACUCCAAUUGCCUCGAAUCAUGGUUUGUUAAGCAAUUU